AAAUAAAAGAUGGCAGCCUCCAUGUGGAGAAAAAUGAGAACUUAUGUUUCAAGAAAAAAUAUACACAGGCUGAUUUUUGAUCCCCAAUGUGCGAUUUUUUCAAUGUUUCUACUUUUGAUAGCGGAAGUGGCUGUAAACAUUUUGGUGAUCAAGAAAAUUAAAUGUAAGUUAUUUCAUUUACAGUCUGGUCACUGUACAACAGCUGUACAGUUGUACAACGUAACAUACAUUUUGCGGAUUUAGGAUGAAAAGAAAUAACUGGAGUUGAUAUAUUCAUGAUAAUAUGAUUACGGUGUGCCCGUUGGGGCGAGCGCAGCAUAUCUGAAUACAUUUUCAAAAAAUUUAGAUUGAAAACAAGGAAAACUGAUCUGGUUCACUAUCAAUACGCAGGAUUACUGCCUCUACUUCAUUCCAUUCCACGCUUUCAAUAUUUUGUUGUUGACGGUGUUGAUCCUGUGGCGUAUUUUAAAUGUGUCUGACAUAUCUUACAUACUGUCAUUGUUUUGUCCACAAUGCCAUCGUUUAACAAUUUAUCAAAAUACAGCCACAUUUGAGGAUUUUGAUGCCAUUUUGUUUAAACAGAUAUCGAAUAAUGAAUCUAUAGUAAAAACUGGACCCAAACCGAUAAAAGAAAAAAUGGAACCAAACCCAACCAGAACAACAUGACUCAACCAGAACAACAUGACUCAACCAGAACAACAUGACUCAACCAGAACAACAUGACUCAACCAGAACAACAUGACUCAACCAGAACAACAUGACUCAACCAGAACAACAUGACUCAACCAGAACAACAUGACUCAACCAGAACAACAUGACUCGUGGUUUUCUGUUAUUUCAGGCACCUGUUACAGCCCUAUUAUCAACCAACACGGAGAUCGACUGGAAAGCUUACAUGCAGGAAGUAGAAGGCGUGGUGAAUGGGACUUACGACUACACCAAACUCCGAGGAGACACUGGACCUUUAGUGUACCCUGCUGGGUUUGUGUACGUCUAUAUGGCUCUCUACUACGUCACAAGUUAUGGCCACCACAUCAGACUGGGACAAUAUGUGUUUGCCUUGCUGUAUAUUCUAUCACUAGUCAUUCUGUUUGACAUCUACAGGAAAACAAAAAGGGUUCCACCGUACUCCUUUAUUUUUAUGUGCUGUGCCUCCUACAGAAUCCACUCGAUUUAUGUACUGCGACUGUUCAACGAUCCGGUCGCCAUGUUCUUUAUGUAUGUGGCAAUCAAUUUCUUCCUUCGAGACAGGUGGAGCAUCGGCUGUUUGAUGUACAGUUUUGGCGUAUCCAUCAAGAUGAACCUGCUUCUGUUCAGUCCAGCCAUUCUAAUGUUACUAAUGGUCCGAUUUGGAACUCUUAAGACUCUGUUGCACCUAAUCGUUUGUGCUGUCCCUCAGAUUGUAUUGGCAGUUCCAUUUCUACUUGAGAACCCAGUGGGAUAUGUAGUGAGAGCAUUUAAUUUUGGGCGCCAGUUUUUCUACGUGUGGACCGUCAACUGGAGACUGAUUCCCGAGGAGAUUUUCUUGAAUAAAUAUUUCCAGACAGCUUUGCUGAUACUGCAUGUCACGUUUCUCAUCCUGUUUUUCGUAUUUAAGUGGAGAAGGUUGUAUCCGGGUGUUGGCUUUGGAAUUCUAAUGAAAGAGUCCCCCACUGCAUUAUCUCCUAAUCAGAUUCUACUGCCCUUGUUCACAUCUAAUCUGAUCGGGAUGAGCUUCAGCAGGUCCCUCCAUUAUCAGUUCUACGUCUGGUACUUCCAUACACUGCACUACCUACUCUGGUCAACAACACAGCCUCCUAUUGUCAAAAUUUUGGUUUUGGGUGUGAUAGAGCUGUGUUGGAAUACGUAUCCAUCCACCGUGUUAAGUAGUUCCCUGUUACACGUGUGUCAUGCUGUCCUGUUAUACGGUCUGUGGUACUCUCCGGAUUACACGCCUAAUGACAAGAACCUGACAGCAACGAAGGUCGACUGAUUGUGUAGAAUUGUGCAAUACCGUGUUUAUAUGUUAGCCCUCGAUACCUUUAUCAUCUGUAAUGAUUGUAAUUUCCUCAUGAAUGCGAUGCAGAUGUAAACAAUGUGCGUAUGAAUCUUGAUAUAGUAUGUCUAUUCUAAUGCUGGAAAUGAAAGUAGAAUGUAAAUUUAAAAAAUAAAUUUCAUAUUUGAAAAUACAUGAAGGUAUGAACUGCAACGCUUCACGCCGGCCUAGUGAUCAUGCCCUCAUGUACAAUAUUUCCAAAAAUAGAAUUUAUUUCUUAAAUGUCAUUACAAAGUAAUGUGUUCAUACAUGUGCCAUGAAUUGUUGUUUAUUUCACAAGGAGUUACUUUUAUUUACAUGUAUUAAUAAUUUAUUUAGAUUGUAAAUAACAAGAUAAAAGAAUACCAUAGUUGAA